AUGGGGGUAGAAGCACACAAGGCUGCGUCACUGACGCUCUUGCAUCCAAACUCGAAACAGGCGAGAGAAAAGGUACUGCAUACGCUCGUCUCCAAAGCAUCGUUCUUUCGCGUCGCCGAGGCCGAAUGUCUAAGUUUCACAUACUUCACGCCUGCGACCCGCAAGGGGGCCAUGUUGGGCAUGGUCCCAGCCUCUGAAAAGGAUACCAUUGUCGGGGUCGUCCAGACGUUUCCUAGUCUACCAGCGGCGUCCGAAGCAGAUCAUUUCUUCAAGCUGUCCGACGUGGCAGCCACCGAAAUCGAUCAUGCCACGUGGUUUCCGACUGCCGGGUUCGUGGCGAGGACAGGUCAACGAGAGACGCCCAAGGCGAAGAUCGUAAUGCUCGCAAAGUUCGUCUGCAAGGAUGGAGAAGGCAUGAGGGAGAAGUUGGUGGAUGUUCUCGGAAAUUUCUGUAACUGGGUGGAAGCAAACGAGCCGACGACCUUGACGUACUGCGUCAUGACACGGCCGGAUGCGCCGCAGGAGGUUCUCAUGGUUGAGCGGUACAAGGAUCUACCUGCCCUCGGCGUCCACGGGAAGACCAAAGAGUUCAAGGCAAUGUUCAAAGCAACCGGACCGUACGUGCAGGGUAAAAAGACUAUAUUGAGUGAAUGGGAAGAGCAGGAGGGUAGUUUCGUAUCAAACUCUCCUGGCGGAGCGGGCGUGCCCAAGGCCAAGCUGUGA